AUGGUCGGAGACGACGAGGAGAGUGACUACGAGGAGUGUGCCUUCGCGUUCUUCUCUCCGGUGGAGAUGCCGGGAGAACCAGCAACUCUCAAGGAGGCUUUGGAGAGUAGUGAUGCUGAGGAGUGGAAGAAGGCCAUGGAGAGUGAGCUGAAGAGCAUUGAGGAGAAUGACACGUUUGAAUUGGUGGAGCUACCGGAGGGGCGUACGGCGAUAACGUCCAAGUGGCUCUUCAAAAUCAAGUCGGAUGCCGACGGCAAGAUCGAGCGCUACAAGUCUAGGCUUGUAGCCAAGGGGUACCAGCAGAAGGAGAAGGUGGACUUCAAGGAGCUGUUUGCCCCUGUGGUGAAGCCGACGACGCUGCGAACCCUAUUCGCGGGAGCCGCCAUCAAAGGAUGGGUAGUAAAGCAAAUGGACAUCGUAACGGCAUUCCUUAACGGCAUCCUUGAGGAGGAGAUUUUUAUGGCGCAGCCAGAGGGGUUUGAUGAUGGUAGUGGCAGAGUGUGGAAGCUGAAGAAGGCCCUCUAUGGGCUGAAGCAGGCCCCUAGGCAAUGGUACAUGAAGCUGCGCGAAGUGUUGGAGGGGAUCGGCUUCACUCCCUCAACGGCCGAUCACUCCUUGUUCAUGCUUGGCGAGGGGGAGCAGAGGAGUUUCAUGGUGGUUUAUGUGGAUGACAUCCUCAUUUUCUCACCCUCUUCUGACCUUGUGAAGGAGGUGAUGCUGAAGCUUCAAGACAAGUUCAAGUGCAAGGCCCUUGGUGACGUGAGCUUCUACCUUGGGCUCCACAUCGAACGAGAUGUGGAGAAGCGGUGCAUGCGGGUGCAUCAACGAAAGUACCUGGAGGCAUUGGCUGCCAACUUUGGGCAGAGUGAAGGCCAUGUGGCUACACCCUUUCCCUCUGGGUUCAAGUGUGUGAAGGGACCAGAGGAGGAGAGCGUUGGUGAAGAGGAGAGGCGCCGAUUUCACUCGUUGGUGGGCAGCCUCAUGUAUGCGGCGGUAAACACCCGACCGGACGUCGCGUUUGCUACCGGGCAGCUGGCUAGGGUUGUGCAAUGCCCUAAUGAGGAGCAGGUAGCAGCUGGAAUGAGGGUGGCCAAGUAUCUUGGCCAAACACCGACCGUUGGGCUGCAAUACUCGGCGGCGGCACAAAGGCGCCAAAAGGGCGCGGAUGGUGUUGAACCCGGGCGUUUGUUCCUCACCGCCUACUCGGAUGCUUCAUAUGCAUCAGAACCAGAGGACAUGACAAGUGUGGGAGGCUUCAUAUGCUGUGUUGGUGGAGGCCCAACUGCUUGGGAGAGCAAGAAGCAGGUUGACCAAGCUUUGAGCUCGGUGGAGUCCGAGUACAUGGCACUCUUCCGUGCCGGUGCCAUUGCUCUUGCUAAGAACCCUGUGUUGCAUGGACUCACGAAGCACAUGAGAGUGAAGUGGCAUUGGACGAGGAGCAUGGUAACCGCGGGUGAAGUUGAGUUGCGCUACGUGAAGACCACGGGGCAGCCGGCUGACAUGAUGACCAAGAGGCUGGUGGAGCAGCAGCAUUGGAAGUGUUGCAAGCUGGCUGGGAUGGCUCUGAACUGA